AUGGUCUCGUCAUACUGGCCGCCAGGAUGGCCCUCACCGAAUUAUGACAACCCUGAAACCCGGGGCUCGCCCUGGCUAUUCAUUGCCACGUUGAUCAUCACCGCCGUUACACUGCUGCUGAGGUUCUACUCACGGAUAUUCCUGACACGGGCGGUUGGUAUAGAUGAUGGUUUAAUUGUGGCGGGAUUUGUCCUCUCAAUUGGCCAAACUUUCGCUGAGUACAAAGCUUUGACGACUUGGGGCUGGGAUAGGCAUCUUUGGGAUGUUCCAGUUGGCCGACUCCAGCACGUCCGUCUCGCAGCAUGGCUUGUUGAACUUUUCUUCAUCCUUGGCAAUGCAUGCACGAAGGUUUCGAUCUUGAUGGUGUAUCGCAAAAUCUCUUCUGGAAGCCAUAACUACUGGUUCUUCAGACUGACCUGGGCUGCCAUUGUUUUCACCAUUACAUACACGGUCGGCUGUAUAUUGGAGUUGUGUCUCGCUUGUCGUCCACUGGAAGCCUACUGGAGAUCCUACAGCCCAACGUACACCAGAAAGUACACCUGCGUCAAUGAGACCGCACCCAUCGUCUUCAGUGCUGCAGCUUCCGUCUUCUCAGACAUUUACUCCUCGGUAUUGCCGAUGCUUCUUACCAGAAAUCUCAAUGUGUCCAGGAAACAGCGACUGGGUCUGUACGUCGUGUUCUCCGCAGGCCUCAUCACUGCCGGCAUAGGAAUUGCCAGACUAUGCUUCUUGGUGAGGGUGACGACCAAUUACCGACCCGGCCCUCAUAUUCGUGACGUUACCUGGGACGGCUGGCCGACUUUUGCCUUGACGGACAUUGAGGCGCACAUUGCCAUGAUAGGUGCCUCGGCACCAGCCUUAAAAGUCUUAUACAAACGAUACUUCUCCCAUCGACGGCCCAAUCUCCACUCCUCGGUACAGUCGAACCAAGCCCGUCGAGCCUCCGCUCGUGCCGGUCAGACCGACACGAAGUACGGAGCUUCUCUGCCCCCUAGUGCACGUUUCAAGCGGCCGUUUCAGGCCAGCGACACGCUUACAUACGACAGUGUGUCGGCAUCGGGAGCCGCCACUGAUUGCGAUCUCGAGAACCUUUCUCUUCACAGCAUGGAUAUGGACAGACCUUCAGCUCUUAGCCCUGUUCAUGCCGCCAACCUACAACGGGCGGAGAGCCGUCAGUGGCCCGGUUGA